CAGUAAAUACAGCAUGAGGGACUGCAUCUCUGAGUUACCUGGCGAACGGAACUAGUGUCGCAAUCUAACUGCCCUACCCUCUUGAAACAAGGCGUUCAUCGCGUAAUCCGAAUCUGCUCGCUCAACUGCACUCUGGGUUGUGCAGGCAAACGUAAGUGGGGUACACAGCUGAGAUGUUUGACGCGCUGGCUCGCACCCCUCCAAGCUGAUCGUGGUCGCUUCGCCCCGGGGACACCUGGCACGAACAUCGUCUCUCAAGCACGCGUCCUUUCUCUAUUUUCGCGGUACCGCCAUCGGAAAGAGUCCGUUUUGUGUGAGAAACGAGCACUGGAUAUUAAUAGCUCCCCUGCAACGUAGGCUUGCGACUGCCGUUCUCCAGCAGCAUGAGAUUGCGACCAGCGAGAUUCCGACGUAAGCUUCCGCACUUUGCUUAAGCUUGCGAUCAGAAGCCAUGCCCGCUUCACAGCAAAGUUCUCAGCAACUUAAACCCAACCCGUCUCCACCUCCGGAAACGCUGCCCUGCGAAUUAGUGAAUGGCGCACCGGUGGAUUGGUCAGGUCGCGGCACGUCACAUGUUGACUACGAGAAAGAUGAAAGAGUGCCAUUGGUAGAAGGUCGCUUUCUAGGACAUGGAGUACACGGUGAGGUUUACGAAACAGAAAUAGCAAGCAACGGGAUUCGACUAGCAUGGAAGCGCAAAUAUGUUCGACGCAAGAUCAGACAAAGCGAACGUCGAGAGAUCGAGAUCAUCAAACGGCUCAGUCAUCCGCACAUUAUACGUCUUAUAGGAACAUAUACCCGCGGGCCAGUCCUCGGCCUUCUACUAUGGCCUGUCGCUACUUGCGAUCUUGCAACACUAUUGGAAGACGCAGAUUGGCUGCGGAAACGCACAACAGAUAGAAACUGGGAAGCCAGCGACGCCCUGGUAUCAGUUUACUCCGAAGGUCACGAUCACGACCGAGAGCCCGCUUUCGUGUCUCUAUGUCUUGUAGGCGGUGACAGUCAGCAAACAUUGAAUAACACGAUCACAUAUCUCGAGAAGACAAUCGGUUGUAUAGCGAGUGCUGUCUCGUAUCUGCACGGCUCCGGUAUCAAACACAAGGACUUGAAACCAUCGAAUGUAGUUCUGUCAGCCGACGGCCUUUGGAUAACUGACUUCGGCUCUGCAACUGACUUUUCCACUCUGUCGUCGAGUCUUACGGACAACGGCGAGCGUGGCACGCCGAGAUACUUUAGCCCCGAGGUCGCAAGCUACGACCCGAGCGGCUCUUCUUCAGACAUCUUCGCGAUGGGGUGCGUCUUCCUCGAGAUCAUCACGUUGUGCAUGGGCUAUUCACUCGAAACUACACAGACACUACGCGCAAGGGAAGAUAAGUCGUUUCAGGCGAAUCUCGACAGGAUUAUACAUUGGUUCGAUACUGAGGAGAACAUGUGCCGAAGACCAGCAGAUGAGCACUUAGUCGGCUUGAUCCGGCAUAUGAUGAGGCCGGAUGCGAAAGAUCGACCAAGAGCAUCUGACGUAGAAGAGCAGAUCGCUCUCAUCGGCGGGAUUGCAAAGGCUACAGGUGGAUCGGAGUUCUCUCAGCCAUGUUGCGGGCUUGGCAUGUUUCUGCCGGAACCAGAUAGUCCAGGUGAAGUGGCGAAUGCCGUGAAGAUUUUUAAGACGACUUUUAAGAUAAUUCAUGGCAACACUCACAUGGAAAGUCAAAAGAUAGGCUGGCAUCAUGUUAAGUAUUUUGUUGAUGUCCAGUAUCCAAGGUUAGUGGAAAGGGUUCACCUCUACGCGCAUCAAAGCUUCAACCAAACUUACUUCGUUCUGGAUGGGCCGCCUUUCGAGCUUGCCUUCGAGAUCUACGGCUCAUUUGAAAUGAGCGCGUACAUUGUCCUACGCGAAGGCUGGUCAUGGGUUCACCCAAAUGCCCAGCGUGUGCCGAAUGGGCCAGCUAGACGUAUGCUCCCUUUGGAAUGGUCCUUGGUGUUAAAGACGGGUGGCGAUCAAUGCAACGACAUCUUUAUCAUAGGCAGAUCUUCUUGAAUAGUGAUAUUCGCACAUUUACACUACAGUAAAGAACUGCAAAGUCAUGCAGAAUGCUGCAGCUGUUUGAUGCAGCCAUGCGUGAGUCGAGCACACUAUACUACAUAAUCCUUCUAGGAUUCAUCAUACUGUACGUAUUCUAAGAGAGGCAGAACUGGCACCGGAAUACCACAGUUUGACUUUGGACGAUGACUUGGGCGGCCACACGGCCAUGAAGAAGCGACGUUGACUACCUAGCGAAUGUACAUACAUGC